AUGAAAACUAAAUGGGAUGCAAAGCAGGCCAGAUUGAUAAGAAAGGGGAUUUUACAGAAAAAAAGACUCAGAUUUCAACAACCGGUAAUUACUGGUAAUCCGCCAGUUUCAAUUGUCGUACCACAACUUUAUGAAGUCAGUGGUAAGAGGAAAAUAAUUCAUAGAAUAAAGAUAUUGGAAUUACCCUGUCCUGAUCCAGUUAUUGCGAAAAAGUCCAGGAUUGAUAGAAAAGAGUUGUUAGAUAUGAAAAGAAACAGGUCAACCAUCCAUGGUGAGCAAAUGUCAGAGAUCAGUGUUAAAUUAAGUUGUGGAAGAUCUUACAGAUUGAAGAGGAAGGUAUUUUUGGAUAAAAGGAAGGGUAAAGUUAUCCCAGAAAAACCAGUUGUUACGAUGGGUGGUAUUGCUAUUCAUGGAUCGAGUAAUUUCACAUUCAUGUAUUCCACGGAUACAAGUUCACAACCUAUGAAGGAAUCCAUUUGUUCCAAUCGAUUAUGCAGAUCACAAUUCCAAAAAGAUAAAAGUAAUGAUAACGCAACAGAUUUUCCAUUGUACAAAUCUGGAAUCGUAUAUGAAACAAAUUUGAUAUAG